UAAAAAUGGCCGUAAUAUUGAACACACUUCACGCCAGAGCGGCGACCAUGGUCAGUUUGCGCACGUUUCGGCUGCCGGGUCCGUGCAAAGUCACCCGGCCAAACGCGUUAAGGUCAUUGAAUACCAACACCACUGCCACCGGUUCAUCGCAAUCAUCUAGAUGGCGGCAAAUUUUAUAUACGACGGGAGCGGUGGCCGGUGUGGGCGCUAUCGGCCUGUACUACGCUCUCGACCAGUCGGUGAAGGCGUCGGGCCUGGAGUUGCAUCCGCCCGCCUAUCCCUGGAGUCACAACGGCUUUAUCAAAGGCUUUGACCAUCAGAGGUACUGUCCA